AUGCAGUUGCCUAGCAACCAGAGACUGCCAAUACCAGAUGUACGUGACUUUGCCAGGCAACUAUGGCGUCAGGUGGGAAUUAAUGGUUUAUUACCUCCUUUGCAGUUAGUCGGGCUUGGUAACUACGGUCUCUCCAUGGAGACCGUCCUGCUAUCAUUUCAGGCGGGAAACACAUCGGAGGUUCAAAUAACUUUCAACAUUCCCGGAUGGGAUGCUUUGCAUGAAUUCAAAUUCAAAAUUGUCCAACCUAAACUGCACAUGAAAUUGGAUUUCCUAAGACGACAAGCUGAUGUCAAAGCCAAAGGUUUCUUGGUAUCAUUGAAUUACGUGGAAUCCAAAUUGAAAAACAGAGGAUUGCCCAUUGAAUUAACUUUUCCAAACAACCUAGAUGGCUCUAUGGAAAUCAUUGUCGCUGAUAAGAGUGCUAUUGUCGAAUUCAACUUUCUAAUACCACUGCUUUCAUCGUUUAUGAAUAUUAAGUCCUUGGAAGCAAUCAGUCGCAUUUCGCAAAACAUCACUGUUCCAAUGUUACAUUUGCGCUUAGCUUCUGGGCUUUCUAACAUCUCCAUUGCCAACGUGACAAUGGUUUCAACACGACCCUUUUUAGUCCUAGGAAAAGUGAUCAUAAGCACUGCAACGUUAGAGUUGACAGAAAAUGGAAACUCGUUUCAUGCCAGUAUCAACAUCUGCGGAGAAGACAUAUCGGUUAAUAUGCGUAAUGAUAGAGGCGGACAGUAUCUAAUCUUCGAGGCAGCGGGCGAAGAAAAGGAACGGUCUACAUCAAUAACUGUUGAUGCUUUCCUUUCUUGCUUCGAGGACUUAAAAGAGCGCCGACCAGACAUCAAUUUCAUGCGAAUGAACAAUUCGUCUUACGCAUUCGGUCUCAAACAAUUCCGCAUUAGGUAUAGAAUGAGACCAAACCUGCAGCUAGUUGACAUUAUUGUCCUCUUUCAACUUCCAAGUGAUUGGAACGUCUUCAAAGGAGCAUUCCUAUCGACACAGCUACUUAAUUCAACAUUAAACGCUGAAAUUACCCUCUUUCGUCAUAAUUCACCCGCAGAUAUAAAGGCAGAAAUUUUUGGUCGAGCAAUCAUUGGACAUCCACCAUUGAUAGAGUUUCCUUUUUUGAUCGAAGUCCCAACUAAAGCCAGGCCCAUAUCACUGACUCUUCAAGAUAGAAAAACGAUAGGCGUUGAUUUUAAAAUGUUGUCAAAGCUAGGAAGUCUAAGUGGUGCUUUUCCUUCUUUUCUGAACACGCUACUUACACAGCUUCUAAUCAGGAAACUGAAACUGGAAUUUUCCUCAAUGCUUACUGGCGCUUUCACAAUAACCACUCUGCAUGUUGAAACUCCGCCGAAAACAGUAUGGAACUUUCCAUUUUUUUACCUCGGGAAUAUCAAAAUAUUUCACACGGUGAAUCACACUCUUGUUAGUGGUGAAAUCAACCUUGGAAAUGUGAGCUUGCCAUGCCAACUUGACUGGCCGCCGACAGGUGGAGACCCAGUAAUAGAACUCCGAAAUUCUGCGACGGUAGGAGUUUCAUCAUUUGUCCAGCAAGUUUAUCGAGCGUUCUUUGGAAGAGAGAAAAUCAAGGACAUUUCAAGAGGUCUGGAAAGAAGCAAACUAUCAGUCAUACCUAGCUUUACCCUUGAAAAGGCCUCAUUUCAAUUAUCCAGAAAUCUUUCACUUCAAAAAGCAUCAUUUAAAGGAGCUAUUGGGAUGUAUUCAUGGGAACUUCUGAACGAUUUCUUUGGUGUUAGAGAUAUUUCUAUUUCAAUUGACAUCGACGUCGGAACGUCUUUCGCCCUUUCUAUCGAAGGAACAAUCAUUUUGGUCGAGGGAAGCGUUAGCAUGCCUUUCCAGCUGAACGUUCCCUUCUCAAGAAACCAGUCACUAGAAAUCAGCCUUCCGGAAAGCGCACGACCACGUAUUUCUUUCCGAAAUCUUACUGGAAUAUUAUUUUCGGCAACAGGAAGCAAGUUUCCCUCUACCCUUGGAUCGUAUCUUCCAGAGUUAGUUCUCCAAAAACAGAUUAUUUCCUUCGAUGAAAAGCUAACGGUGUUCGAAAUUAAUACAUUUCAGGCUGUCCUGAGCACCCCAUGGGAUCUUGGGGGCAUUGGAGCUCUUAUCAUUGGGAAUGUUACAGUCUCUAUGAACCCGCACCAGUUUACGUUGAGGGGAAGUCUUUCGCUUGGUAAUACAGUAUUGGAGCUUAAACUGACAAACUCUCCCAAUGGACAAGUUUUUAGUCUAAAUCGCCCAAUAGAAGUCAAAGGGUUGAAUGAUCUAGUAACAGAUGCCUUGAAAAAGAUGUUGCCAGGAGUAAAAAGUUUACCGGAUGUUGAUCUGUUAGGCCUCAAUAUCGCUGACAAAUCCUCAAUACAGUUUGCGGAAGUACAGUUCUCCAAUAAUUUUGAUUUUCUCCAAUCCUUUGCCCUUAAAAUAAGGCUCUCCAAUUCUUGGUCGUUUUUCCAGUCAACCUUUUCAUUGCUCGCCCCUACCAUGAACUUACACGUUAACGAUCUCAGUGACAUUCCAAGUUACAAGCUCGAUAUAUCUGGCACUAUAGAGUUUGUAAACGGAAAAAACCGAACAGUGUUUCCACUUGAAUGCAACAUCCCAGAAUCACAGAACUCUAUGAUCACACUGAAAUUGCAAAACGAAGUGGUUUUUAAUCUCUCAAAUAUUGCAGCGUUACCGCUGGUCGGUAAACUGAUUCCACCAUCUCUGCUGGCACCAAUUUCAGAUAUCAUUGGAGACGUUCUACUUUGGCCAUUAAGAGCAGACUUCGAACCUACAACAGCACGUUUGGAGUCAUUAAACUUAACAGUAACCGCUCUUAAACACUGGCAACUGAAAGGCUUUCCACUGGCGUUCCAAAAUAUUACCUUAGAACUGAGAGUCGGCCAAAACGUUUACGCAACUCUACAAGGAAUUAUUGUCUUAAACGCUAAGCCAAUUUUUGUGCGAAUGCCAUUCCCACCAGAAAUACCGAACGUUCCUGAAUUGAAACUGACAUUCCCAGGAUUUCCAGAGAUAACGUUGGCAGAAAUAGGCAAACAACUUGUCGGUGGCUUCGGCUUAGAAAAUCUUUUCCCGCCAGUUUUUGAUAAACUGAAAAUUUCCAUGAAGGUUUUGAACUUACGCCUAUUACCACCUCUGAGGCAGCUGAAGAUCCAAAGCUUCCAGAUGAACUUUUCACUAAAAGACCAAGUCACCAUUAUUGAUAACUGGUUGCGUAUAUCUGACAUAACGGCUGACCUGAGUUUGGCAACAGCCAAUAAAGUGAGCGUCGCUGGGCGAUUGGCAUGUCUCUUGACGCUUGGAAAAGGGGCCAAUGUCCUUCAAAUUCAAGGGGUCCUAUCAAUGCCUCAUUACUCUUCUCAAGCGUGGGAACUUAACAUCCUCCCGCAGCAAACGGAUCUUUCAGCAGCUAAUAUUGUUGCCUUGACGGGUGGUGGAUUUGAUUUAAAGGCGCUGUUUCCUGACGACAUUCUAUCAAAAGCAGACAAGUUUUUGUUGAAACACUUUAAAGCCGCUUUCAAUCCCAACCCUCGUUUUCAAAUAUUCAACAUAACAUGCGCUUUAGAGACAAACCUUAGUGACGUCUCGCUUCCCCUUGGAAUAAGAAUUCAGCGUAUUUACAUUAAGCUGUUUAUUGAUGACGCUUUCACUGCCAAGCAGUCCGUCAAGAUCACAAUAUAUGUUGUGAUUAGCCUUGGCAAGGCAGUAGUUCAGACAGUUCUCGCUGUGUACAAGGACUCCGUUGUUCUAGCUAUCGAAAACCUUAAGGAGCAACCAUUAACUUUAUCAGACUUGGCAACUCUGAUCGGUGGGGAUCAGCUGCUUAACAUCGUCCCUGGCGCCUUUUUGAACUUCAAUAAAGUGACUUUGAACAGCUUGAGCAUCAGAUUCAGCAAACCUCAAUUUGAUCUACUCAAUGCCACUGUUCGAUGUGAUCUCAAUGGUUUUGAUGUCGGUUUUAGCUUUCCACUGCCAGUGCCUGACCCAUCCAAUAACUUUAAAGCAAGACUUACUGUUCAAUAUCUGAAGCUCGACUUAAAACAAAACAAGGACUGGGAGCUUAGCGCAGCAAUUAAAGCAUCGUUCACCGGUAUUCCGUUAGAGAAACACUUCAGUGACCUUGAAGGAUUAGUAAUUGUGACGUCACGAUCUGCCAUAAUUACUCUUAAGAAGAAACUCCUUGACACCAAAGUUGAUAUGAAACUUGCUGGCAUAGACUGCAACUUGAACAUCAAGUUUUCAGAUCCAGAAAUUAUAUUUGUUACACAAAAACAGCCCAAAAUUAAGGUGACCCUUGAGGUAACGGGAUUCGAUAUUCUAAACAAAAUGUUUCCCUUUAAAGUGUUCAAGGACACAUUAAAAAUGUACGUCGUGAUAACGGAAGAGACAGGUAUAUCAAUUCAACUAGAAACAAUGCCAAUUAGGGAUGAACUGGUACCCUGCAAGAAGGACAACGAACUUUAUACCUGUGAUUUUACAUGGCUUUGUAAGAAACAUUCUUAUGUCAGAUUCAAACUACCUUCUUUUGCAUAUACGAGAGACGGCUUCUCUGCCAUCAUUGACGUUCAAGGCUUGGACACGCUGUGCGUUCCUAUCACACUGCCCCUCUUGCGACAGUUCUUCGAGAAACUCCCGUUCCUCUUUAAUCUAGCCAAAUCAAACAUUCCUUUGUGGCCCCCUCCGGACAUAAUACGCAACUUAAAUAGGAUGGGGUGUAAUAUCGAUAACCUACCGAAGGGCAUGCAGCGAUUCAAAAGUCCAGAAUUUCCAAGAGAGAUAACCGUAGCCGUCUCUAUGUCGCAGAACGGUCCCUUAACAUUAAGUCUAGAGGUUCAGAAUGGAGAAUCCUUAGAUGUGGCAAUGCCGGUGAGUCCCUUAGGUGACUUGCUAGCAGUCUCCUUCAGGCGAUUCUCCAUCGGAACUAUUUCCGGGUUGCCAUUUGUUGACAUUGACGCUGAAGUAUAUCUUUGGGAUCUUAAGUUUGUAAUACUUCUUUCACGCCUUCCAAGACAAACUCCACUGCUAAUCAACGCGGCAAAUAUGGAAACACAUAUAAUCUGCAAAGACUGCUUCUUUGUCAUCCUGGGUUUUUCGCCAAUUCCGAUUUUCGCUGCACCCUUGUCCGUGAAAUAUCCGACACUCAUUGAUUUCCAAGCUCAAUUAACAAUAUAUCAUCGAAGACCUGAUUUUAAAGACUUGGGCGCAAUUGCCUCUCUUUUGGUUGGGCUUGUAAAUUAUUACACAACCAAGGACUACUUAUUAUCGAUGGAUGACGUAAAAGCUGCAAAUAGCAGUUUACUUGUCCUAAAACUGUCGCACGAAAAUGACUUGACUAUGAUUCAGCUACCAGCGUUCUCUGGUGGAAGUAAACUUACAUUGAAUGUCCCGCCAAUAGAUGGUAAGAAGUUUCUCAUUGGCUGGAUGAAUUUCAUGAAAACGUUUGAACCUAUAUGGCUGCUAGAGAUUGUUCCUCUCAAAUAUCGUGUUUUGGACGUUGCAUUCAAUAUCGGUCCUUUUAGAUGGCCUUUGCUAAAAUUUGCAGCUUCAUCACCAGAGGAGCUAAAGAAAAACAAAGCUCUCUGGCCGUAUCCAGUGAUGGAGAGUGGAGACGAUGCAUUGAUAAUUGCGUCCGCGGACUUAGUUCUUCUCUCUGCUGACGUUGUUCUUCGUGUAAAGAACUUUGGAAAUGCUGGUCUGUCGCUGCGUUUGAACGCUGGUAUAAGUAGGGUGGUCAAGAUAAACUUUGAAGCCGCCGCAAAGAUCAACUUAGAGGACUCUUCCAAUCCAAUGCUGAUUUCUGCAAAAGCUCACCUAAAACUGUUUGAUGUACCACUCCUUAGGGGUGAGGUGACUGUUACCAAAGACAUGAUAGUAGUAUUUGGCGAAUUGAAAUUUAACUUUCUGGGCGUCGUUAAAUUGGGUGGAAGGGUAAGAGCUGUUUUUGGUCCUGGCCUUGUAUUUGUACUAGAUGCUGCAAUAGAUCUUCAGUUUAUGGGUGUGUCACUAUCCAGUGGCCACCUUCUCAUAAAGGAAGCUCCUUCAACCUCGUUGGUACGGGCAUCAUCACGAUUCAUGGGGUCGAAACUAAACAUUGUGAUUAGACGUCGUCGUCUUUCUAUUGCCAUUGGCGCACAGGCGAAAAUUGCCCUUGGUCGACCAGUUGUUCUCGGCAAAAUAAAAGUCUUUGGAAAGGAUUUGGGAAAAAUUGUUUUGCCCACUGGCUUUGACUGUGAUGUGAGGAUUUCAUUUCCUGGAAGAAGCACGUUAAAGGUUUCAUUUCAUUUUCUAGGGCAAAAAAUAGAUCUUCCUUCAUUAACAAUUGACAUACAAGAUGCAAGACCUGAGAGAAUCCCUCCACUUUUACUAGAUUAUGUUAAGAAUAAAGCGCCUACUUUGAUAAAAGAUCUAUUCCAAAAGGAUAUUCGUUUGUUACUAAAAGCAUUUAUGGAAGGACUUAUCAACUUUGUUGGCAACGUUGGAGAAUUCGUCAAAGACUUGCUAAAAGUGGGCUUGAAAGUAGGAGGAGAACUAAUAAAGGAAGUUGGAAGAUUCCUCAAAAACUUCGCUGACUCCACAAAGGCAUUAGCCCAAGCCGCUGAACAGGCUAUUAAAGCUGCAGCACAGGCGGCUAAGGCUGUAAGAGAGGUCGCUACGAAAGUUGUAGAGGAUGCUAAAAAAGCAGUUGAACAGGUUUCAAAAGUGGCAGAGAAAGUCAAAAGACAAUUUAAAGAGGCUGGAAAAGCUUUGAUACAAGCCACAGGAAAGGUGAUACGUCUUAAAAAUGCUGUCAAAGAGGCAAAAAGGGUCUUGAAAAACAUCUCGAAGGCACUUGAAAACGUCGUUAAUAGAAUCAGUCAGAUAGCCCAGAAAAUAGCGGACGAAAUUGCUAAAGGUCUUCGUAAUCUUGCUGGAAAGGUGAUCAAAACUCUUAAAGGAUGGUUUGGAAAACGUUCAAUAUAUCGACGUGAUGCCCUUACCGAUGAAAAGCGAAAUAAAGAAGGGGCAAAAAAGAACCUCCAAAAAGCUCGAAGCAAUCAGAAAACUCAUGUCAGGCAAAAGGAAAGAGAGCUUGAAAGUGCACAAAAAAGAGAACAGAUAAAGAAAGCCUUGUAUGACGAUGCGCGCAAGGAGGCACUCCGUUCAACAGAAAACCUCAAAAAGACUUUGAAAGAUAAAACCGAUAAGGUGGCACGCUUAGAUGACAUCAUCAAAAAAGGAAAGUGUGUAACUGGUGAGCAUAACUGUCACCCGAAUGCAACAUGUCUCCGCUCAGGACCAGAUGGACAAUCAUUCAAAUGUAUAUGUAGACAUGGGUGGGUAGGAGAUGGCGUCUUUUGUGAGCGGCCUAUUAAAAGUGUUGCAGUUAUGUCGGAUAGUCCAAGAGCAGUAGGAGAGGCAGUUUCGUUUUCCUCCUUUACCCUAUCGGGAACAAAUGUUAAGUAUAGAUACAGUUUUAACAGAGCAUUUAGUGAAUACGGUGUCGCAUCACACGCUUUCAAUUUACCAGGAGUGCAUGUGGUAAACGUAUUUUCAAAAAACGACGUAAGCAGUGUCUCAGCUAGUGAAAUAGUCAUCGUUCAAGCACCGGUAUCCAAUAUUAAGCUUCAAAUAAGUGGAGAUCGUAGAGCAUGCCGUGCUGUAAAUCUUAAUCCCUCAGCCAGUGGGACAAAUGUCUCAUUUACUAUUGAUUUUGGAGAUAACACUUCACUUACCAAUGUGAGAGGCUUAGUAAGGCAUCAUUAUCGACAAUCAGGAGAAUUCAUCAUAAAUGUGACGGCUUGGAAUUUUGUUAGCAGCAUUAGUGAGACAUUUUUUGUGAACAUUUCCUCAACCCCUUGUGAUCGGCUCUAUUGUGACAUGUGGUUGCUGGAGAGAGCAUUUCCUGGGAAAAAAUUACCUGAAAUUACGUCAUUGGCAUGGUUUCUCCAGGAGCCCUCGCUUUUUGGAAAUAGAGAGAUUCGACUUAAUAAGAUUUGGAAAUACCUGGCAUUGAUGUACCCAUUGUCCUAUUCAGUGUUUGAGAAAGCUAGUGAAGAGAUAAAAUUAGGGGAUAGGAGAUCACAAUACAUCUUCGGGGGAACGUACAUAGAAAUCGAUGCUAUUUUGGCUGGGAUACUGGCAUCGCGCCUAACGUUACCAAGCGGAAAUAAACGCUUGCCGUUUCUUCCACACAUUUCAAAACCACUGGAAACAUUCACGUGGAUUGCAUCUGUACUAAUUGAUACGACCGACUUCUUAAGCACUUGGAAUAUUUCACUAGAAAGUACAACAUUGUGUCAGGACAGACUUUCAACAUCAACAGUUAAUAGUGCAGUUGAUGGUUACGUUUUGGGUUUAGCGAUUACAAAUUCAUCGGGCAGUGAAAAGCUGUCAAAUGUUUUAUUCGACUACUAUUGUCCUUCAAAGAACGAUGUGAAAUACAGUUGGAAAACCAGGUACCAGGUAUUCUAUAACGUUUUCAAAUCAAUGAAAAAUGGUGAACCCCUGGCCAUGGUGGUAAAUUCUUCACUGUUAUUUAACCACAUAGCGAGCCGGGAGAACUUUGUGUCACCCAUACGAUCACUUUGCCUCGGCUAUUUUUGGAGCGUAACAAGGUCCAUUCUGAAAAAUCCAGAUGACAAGGUGAAUAAAAGCGUGGAGUUAUUGGACUCUGCAUACCCCUACGCGUGCAACCUUAAUCAGCAUUGCUCUCAAUGUGUCUUGCAACCAGGAUGCGGAUGGUGUAAAGGUGAAAAAAGUGGUUUUUGCACCGCUGGCCUAUCACGUGGACCAACAUCAACGGCUUUUUGUAGUCCAACGGAAUGGUACCAUGGAACUUGUACGUCAACGUGUCCAUUACGUCACGGUAGGUUUUGCAGUGCAAAUGGAAUAUGUGAAUCUGGUCGAUGCAACUGUUUUUUGGGAUUUCAUGGGAAAGAUUGUUCGAAGAGGGGCUGUGUCUAUAAGACGAAACAAAACGAUACUCUACAAACAAUUUCCCUUUGGUCGCAUGUCGAUGUCGUUAAUAUUCAAAAGGCCAACUCUGGACGUCUGAGACUUUUUACUAGAGCAGUCAAUUCACUUGUGACGGUUCCGAUGUCUAAUCAAAAUUACAAAUGUAUUAACGAUACUGAAAUGUUAAAGUUCCAUCCGGUAUUCCCCAGAAUGCUUCGCCUUUCGAGGAACAAAGCAGGACUGGACAGCUUCUGUGGCCUCUUUGAGUCCAUAGCCCCUGAAAGUGGGUCCCCCUCUGCCUGUAAAGGACUCACAAGUAGAGGACGAUGUUUGGAAUCGGGCAAAUGUUCGUGGAAUAUUCGGGAACCAUGCUCUGGAAUGAUAUUGGAAGGCUGUUUCAAGUUAACGCACUGGGUUGAUCUGCUUGCUCAGAAAUCUGAAAUUAUUUAUUCGCCGAUACCUGGCAACGUUAAAAUAGAAAAGGACGCCAUUAAAAUCACUGGCUGGCCUGAGAGUUUGUGGGAAGGCUAUACCGUAACAAUCUCUCAUUUGAGACCCUAUAAUAUCACCAGUGUGCAGAGCGGUCAAAAAAUUGGGAAAACCUUGCCACAAGUUUCAAUUCUUCCAGCGUUUGUGAGCGUACAAGUCAUACACGAUGGCGUAUAUAAAAAUCCUAUGGCAUUCCUACUUCCAUGCAGCCCAGGCUGCUCUCAAGUGCUUCAUUUCUACAAUGGGUUAUGCGACCAAGCAUGUAACACAGACGCAUGUAACCACGACAACGGAGAAUGCAUAUCCAUGUAUUUCAACCAAUCCGAUUACGCACUAGAGCCAAUGAGUUUUCAUGAUUUGUAUUCUCCGGCUUCUUUAAGGACAUUGUUCCAGUUACAGAAAAUAACUGGAGAGAAAAAUCUGGAAGUCGCACGUGGACCACUCAGUGUCUUUUCUAUUGCUAAAUGGAUUGUUGUGGAAACACUCAACACAUCUGACUUUUAUUCUUAUCUUGUAUAUAGAAGUCAAAGGAGUCGCUUGAUCAAAUUCAUUAACCCUUUGAUAGCACUGAACACAUCGCUGGAGAAGAUGACUCUGUUAACGGCACAGAAGUUGAUUGAACUUGGAGUACAUAACGUGUCUCCGUAUAGUAGAUGUAGUUCUGACUACGAUAUUGUAGACAUUAAAACAUCGUCCCUGCGAAAUCAAACGAACUUUCAAAUUGGAUUGAAUAAGCUUAUGUCUGCUCAGAUUGUAGAUAUGACGCUGGGUUCAAAUUACAGCCAAUCUCAAGAGCCGUAUCUGCACCUAGUAAUACCGCGUCAUGCUGUCAGUUACCGCUGGUUGAAUCAUUUUGAUCCAACUCUGAACGUUGAGAGCACUUGUGACUCACUGACUUCGUGUUCGGGACAUGGUAUUUGUUUCACCAAUGGCAGUUGCAAAUGCGACAACUUUUACAUGGGAAGAAAAUGUAAGUUUAAUACCUGUCCCGGCAGAUGUUCUGGUCACGGUACAUGCAUUGAGGGUGUAUGUGUUUGCAGCGUAGGUUGGGAUGGAGACGACUGUUCCAAGGUAAAGUUUUGCACACCGCUCUGUCCUGAAGCAUGGAUAGGUGACAGCGUUUGUGACCCAGACUGUAAUACUCCCGAGUGCAAUGGAGACAAAGGGGACUGUCAAGACGUUUGCAUUUGCCCAAAAUCAUGGCUUAGUGAUGGCGCGUGUGAUCACAUGUGCAAUAACAGCAAUUGUGGCUACGAUGGUGGUGAUUGCGUUGAAGAGGAGUGCAGUUCUGGGUGUCGAUCUCAAAUGCUGGGAGAUGGGAUAUGUGAUCAUCAGUGUAAUACAGAAAUAUGCGAUCGAGACAAAGGAGAUUGCGAAAGCCUUCCUAUCUGCCCGUGCAGCUCAGUUCUUCAAGGCAACGGAAUGUGUGAUGAUAAAUGUAACAUUUUGGAGUGCAUGUACGACUAUGGAGAUUGUACAUUCCAGAUUGUUGAAGGCAGUUGUCCUCAGGCGUGCUCACCUCCUAUGAUUGGUAAUGGAUUUUGUGACUUGUCGUGUAAUUUAUCUGCUUGUAACUUUGAUGGCGGAGAUUGUACAAUUUCGACGAGUUCAAUUGAUUCAUGCUCUGAAGGUUGCCUUCCUACUUUUCGAGGCGACGGAGUUUGCGAUUCUGUUUGCAACUUGCAGGCCUGCGGAUUUGACGACGGUGACUGUCCCAAAACAGCCGUGCAAGAAUGCGCACCGGAAUGUGAAGUGGACAUGGUAGGAGAUGGAACCUGUCAGCAACAGUGUCAAGUAGAAGAAUGUUCAUUUGACGCAAAUGAUUGUAUGUGUGCUCCAGGAUGCCUCAACUCAACUUUGGGAGAUGGAAUUUGCAACAUCGAUUGCUUUGUGGAACCUUGCAAUUAUGAUGGAAAUGACUGCAUGUGCCCUCCUGAGAAUUGCCCAAAGCAUUUAAUUGGUAAUGGACAUUGUGAUGUUGCAUGUAACAGCAGAAUCUGCGACUUUGACGGUGGGGACUGUACAUGUUCAGCUUGUUUGUACCAUUACGUCGAUUCGUGA